AUGCUCGCUUUUCUUGUGAACAAGUUUAGACCGCAGAAUAAUAGAGAUUCUAAAAUAGACCGUUCUGAACGGUACGAUGAUGGUUCCUUCGACGGGGAAACAGUAUACGAGUAUUUUGGCAACCGCGUUAUCAAGAGCCACAACAUCCCAGAUGGACACCCUGUCGCUAUUAAAUUCAAAACCGUGGGCUUUUUCUGGGAAUCAGAGGCGGACAUGAUGGCCUACGCGAAUUCUCAGAACCUCUUGGCUCCUGCUGUCUGGGAAUGCCGCCAACUCAACAGCCACCGGAUCGCUAUGAUUGCCGACUUUGUGCCAGGCAAUCCACUUGACCAGGUCUGGCCGACAUUGGAUGAAAAACAACGCAUGUCGAUCAAGGAACAGCUUGCAGACCAUUUAAAACUUUUCAGGUCAUGCACCCAGCCAUAUAUUGGACGUGUCAAUCGCCAACCCACCUACAACCCGUACGAAGGUAUCACGACAAACUUCAUUGGCCCAUUCAACUCGGAGGCCAAGUUCGAUGAAUGGUGUCUUUCCCGUAUAAAGAACACGUCUGAGAGAAGCAAGUGGAGGAGGAAGCUUGCUGAAUUACGGCGGAAUAGUCAGUCGAAGUUUGUGCUCACGCACGGGGACCUCUUUCCACGCAAUAUCCUUGUCAAGGAAGGGAAGAUAACAGGUAUUGUGGACUGGGAGCGUAGUGGGUUUUAUCCGGAGUAUGUCGAGUACGCACUUGCCGCAUGUUUUUCUGCAAAGAGUGUCGUACCCCUUGUAGGGUCACAUGCAACAUGCGGGGAAGUUGAGGAUGCGGCGAGAGCAUGCUUCGAGAGUUUCAAUUACAAUAUCCUUCUCGACAACCGUCAGGCUUUCACAAUUGAUGUCUUGACAGAAUUGCGACGAAGAUUCCCUUCUCGGAUCCAGCAAGCUUCGAUAAGGCUUAUUCGGGAACAAUACGGAACAACACCAGUCAAAAUCCAGCAAUUUCUCGACGGAAACAAACAACAAAGCACUGAAGGGCACCAUCCUGAGUCCUCAGGGCCACGAUUCCCUCUUGAUUGA